AUGUCUGCUCAUGACAACAACAUGAGGGACAGGAAGAAGUUGUUGGAACAGUUUAAUGAAAUGACCUGGCAGCAGCCAGAAUGGAGAACCCGUUCUAACGGCUCCCUGGUUAAAUAAAGGGAAAAAAAAUUUAAAAAAUAGAGCCGCACUGCCGGGGCUAUAAUUAAUAGAAUUUGAGGUUACAGGUUUUCCAAGGGCUUAUUGUUAAUUUCUUUCCCCUGCUGGCCUACAACGGAGAUCACAAAAUAAUUCAACAGUAGGGGGUUUUGCAUUGACCCCAUUGUCUUAUGUAGAUGGGUCACCCCUAUGGAGUCGUCCCUCAACGAUCGUGCGGGUAAAAUCAAGUCGCAUCUGAAUGAGACAAGUUUUGAUCCGUGUUUAUUCUACAAAGCAAUGUCGCAAAUGCGACAUGUGUAAUGGAAAAACUUGGGAAAAAAAGUAAAAUAUCGCCCACUUCGUUCCUUUUCGAGGGUGGAUUUUUUUUGUCUAACCCUUUAUUGUAAAAAAUCAAUUGAAACUGUGUUUUGGGGAAAAAAUAAUGUUUUCGAAAAUUUUAGGUACGCGGGGCACGAUGUCCCCCAAAAAUUAAAAGCACCGUCUACUUUUAAUUCAAAUGCUUUUGCAAAAUCCUUUUCUAAAAAAUUUUUUGCGGACAAGGUUGUUUUAAACUUUAAAGAACCCAAAAUUGUUUCACUUUGCUUUUGGUUCUGCUUAACCUCAACAUCCAAUUUUUAGAUCUACGCUACGGGAGUGCAAGUUCCAUGAUAAAAUUUAUUUUAUUAAUUUCUAUUGCAUUCUACGGUUUCACCGUGGUAAGAUGAUAAAUUAAAAAAUUUAGAAAAAAUUUUUGUUUAUAUCCAUCUGGAUUUGGGGCGGGUACCUAGACAUAAAACAGAUAUGUCAAAGGGCAUACAAUUCUUAAAACCAAUAAUUUUUACCUAGUUUAAUAAGCUGCAACUUGAAAUAAAAAAUUUAGUUAUGCCUAAAUGACAAUAUGGUAAAUUAGCACAUUACCAUUUUGAAAAGGGUUUUGUAGUUGUCCAUUUUUUUUUUUUGUUUCAUUUUUUGGUAAAAAAUUUAAAAGGUCCGGUGAAACGUCACAACUCAAAAAAUCGGGCAUUUUCCACAUUGGAAUUCAAGUAAAACUUCCCAGCGAAAUGAGGAAUUUCCAAAUAACUCUGACAGCUGGGAACACGGUUUAUUCUUUUUUCCCAAAAAUUUUUUGUUUUAUGUGUGACGCAUUAGUCAAGGGUUUAUCACAUGGGGUCGUUAAAUGAAAACACCCCCCCAAGCAGGAUUGUCAAAAUUUUUUUCUUGAAAAAUUUUCAAAGUCAUCAAAAAAAAUUGAAAGUUAUGGAAAACUGUCUGUUGCAAGGUCGUAAAGGGCAGAAAAAAAGGUUUGAAAAACCCCCAACUGUUGAAAACCAAAUCUAGCCCAGUAGCAUGGGAAAAUAAUAAUUUUGAUGUUUUUUUCCAGGGAAAUUAUUUUAGAAUUGAUUUCCGGGUUUUGGGACAGUGGCGAAAAUUUGUCUUAAAGGGAACGUUAAAAGGGCAUUACCCCGGGAUUGUGGGAAAAAAGCCGAAUUAAGUAUGGAACUAGGAACCUCAAGUUAAAUGAACGGAGUUCCUUUUGGUUUUGAUUAUCUUUCUGAAAAAAGUUUAGAAGUCGGAAAGUUAAUUUUCCCACUUCGAUACACAAAAUGUGGUUUUGCUCUCUGCUAUAAACCAAUCGCAUCCUUCCCAAAACCAUUUUUAAUUUUUAAAUUUUUUUGUUGUGGGGCAAAAUUUUAGCGUGGUGAAAAAAAUAUACUAAAUGAAUAUAGCAGAAAACCCUUUCAUUUUUUUUUACACUACAUAAAAAAAUACAUUGGAUUGAAAAAAGUAAUCAAAAACUGGUUUUUUUGAGGGAAAAAUUUAUCCACAGGACUGUCACAGGUUCCCAAUUUUAAAACAUGAAUAACGUUUUGUAAAUAUGUUAAUUUGUCCCUUUAAAAAAACCUUUUAGGACCUAGAAACCCAUGUCAGAAUAAAAAAAAAUGUCUCCCGGGGUUUUUUAACCCCUUCGUACUAUAAAUUUUUGCAGCCCAAAAAUAGAAAAAAAAAAACAGGAAAAAUACAUAAAAAUUAUUUAAAGUGAUUUAACUUUUUGAUUUUGUCAUGUUUUUUAUUAGUUUUUUGGUGAGAGGAACGGAAUCAAUCAUAUCAAUAUUAAUUUGGACAAACGGGAAUUAAACCAGAAGGGGCACAGAGGGAACAUCCAGGUGGAAAUAAAUCCCCUUAAAAUUUUUGCUUUUUGUUUGGUUGAAAAACCCAAAAAAAUUCAAAUUCCUUUGAAAUACAAUAAAUGGCCUAUUACUUGACGUUCUUUAACUCAACCAAAAACCAAAAGUUAAAGGAUGGGAUUAAGCCAGUUGUUCAAAUGGAAUUUGGUUGUGCUUUAGAUGGUGACAGCAUAGUGAUAAAAACAUUGGGAAAUUAAACUACAUUUUGGCUGACUUUUUUGAGUGGGUGAAUGUAGGUUGUAAUCUCAUUGAUCAACGUCUCAACCAAAUACUACCCAAUUAUCCACGUUGAAAUGAUGUGGUGUGCCCAGUGGUAGUUAUCAAAAUGACUCUAUGAACUAAUCAUAAAGCAUGUGUCAGCAUGGGAUGUAAAGGUACAGUAUCUUCCCUGAUGAGGAAUAUAUUGAUGGUGAAUUCCCUGGAAUCUGUCCUAUUUCCUAAUCUUUCCUUUCUAUUUACAGAACCCUGUCUCAUGGAGCUGUUGUCAAAGACUGGACUAGAAGAUCAUUAUGAAAACAAGCUGACGUUAAGUACUGUCCUUGAGAUAAAUGCUGCUACUACAUCAGAUGAACACUUACCACUAUGAAGUCAUCUUCCAGGGGCCUUCCUUAAGAAAUUAAUGAUGGCAAAUGUGAAUGCUAGGAGUGUCAAAAUGUAUGUCCUCUGACCAGGAGGUUCCAUAUUAUGGAGCAGGACAACCCUGGACACUGAACUCUGAUACCAGCAAUGUAGUUAAUCCACUGGACCUGAUUAACUGCCCUGUUUCUGUGCUCAGAUAGUUUCCUACAGCAGGAGAUGGUCCAGAAAAUGUCCAUGUGUCAGUUUGCUGUUCCUCUCCUGCUGCCCAAACUGUGAAACAAAACAAAGCACUUUGAUGCUGUGGGCCUGAGGGAAUAGUGAAGAAGUUUAGACCCUCUUCCCAAAAUGCCACAAAUGCUUUUGUGGAGGAGAGAAUAGUUCUCUCUGAUAUUCCUAUGGUGUCUUUUGUUAGGCUAGGGAGAGAGCGCUUGACCAAGUCUCAGAUUUUGAACAAGUUGCUUAGUAACCUCAAACAGUACCAUGAUACAUUUGUCAUCCAUGAUAUGGAAUGUGGCGAUUGUCCCUCGCAGAAUCUCAGAUGGUCUAGUUGAAUCAGCUGGUACUUUCCAUCUGGGAACAGAAACAUAGACAUGUUCACUAAGCCUGUGGCUGUUGCCAAUCUCAGAGGAGGCAUCAGGUCCUUCGAAAAACAGUUUCUCCUUUCUGUGUCAAAACAUCAGCUGCAGUUUACAUUUCAUUGAUGACUUUGAGGCAGAUCUCAAGAUUUUGGAUGAAAAAAUCACAAAAGCAGAGUUAUUUCUGGUUGUCAACUCUCAGAGCAAAACAUUCAAGGUGGAUACAUUGAAGAAAAUGAUCACACAAUACAGUAUCAAAGAAACAAAUGUGAUUGUGAAAAAGAAGCAGAAUGAUGCACAAUUUGUUCAAAACCCUGCAGUCAACUGUGGGUGA